AUGCCGCCCCGAUUACCUCUAUUGCAGCGUCUGAGGGCACAGAGUGUGCCGGCCUCCGCCUCCCGCUCCUUCACCUCCUCGACCCCUUCUCAAGCAUCGACGGUAGCACAGCGACGGCGGCAUCGCGACCCCUAUGCCAUUGCUCAAUCCAAGGCGCGCAAGGCCGCCAACUUGAGCCGACAGGAGGUCUUGAAGAAAGAGAGGGCGGCUUCACUAGGCGAUCCCAUCCGCGGCGCGACAACACCCUACGUCCAAUCUUUCGACAGCGGCAUCGACCCCGAACCCACCAGCACUGCAACACGUACCCGCAUACGAGAGUCACCGGAUACAGAUGCGCCCGGUCCGCAGACUGACAGAGACGAACACCUCAACUUCUACCUCUCCAAGAACGAGCUCGACUCGGGCCUUACACACAGCCAAUGGCUCUCCACCCCCAACCAAACCGGCCCAUCACCCGAGCAGACGGCCGCUGAAGCGACCUCUACACGCACGAAUGAAAUCUCGCCCUCGCAGCUCUUAAGUGCUCGAGAGGAUGAAGCGCAUACAGCGAGCGAGGCGCUCAAGCGGAUAGCCUCGCUAUCGUUGGGAAGCAGCAAAGACCGCCUUCGUGUAAACAAAGCGAGGUGCGUUCAGGACUUUGGACGGCACAACACAGAUGAACAGCUGUCCCCCCGACCUCAGUCCAUUGAACCGACGCCAGGGAAUCAGCUGCCCAAGACCCCUCGCGUCGGACCAGACACUGGCAGCAGUGAAGUGCAGAUUGCCAUCCUGACCGCCAAAAUCAGAACUUUGGCAGAGUUUCUGGAGACACGAGGCAGAGGCGACAAGGUCAACAAGCGGAACUUGAGAUUACUGGUCCACCGACGGCAGAAGCUGCUGCGGUACCUGGAGAGGAAGGAGAGAGGCGGCGAGAGAUUCAGAAAUGUGGUGGAGGCGCUGGGCUUGACGGAGGGUACAUGGAAGGGCGAGAUCUCGCUGUGA